CUGUACCAUUAUCGUGGUAAAAAGACUCAAAGUGCUUAAUCGGGUGUGAAGCUACUAAGAUGGUUGUUCGCCAAUACAACGAAGAAUUGAAAUAUUUGGAAAAAAUAAAUCCAUAUUGUUGGAAAAUUAAGAAGGGAUUUCAACCCAACAUGAAUGUUGAAGGCAUAUUUUAUGUAAAUAAUUCACUAGAGAAGCUUAUGUUAGACGAAUUGAGAAAUGCAUGCCGGCCCGGCAUGACUGGCGGCUUUCUUCCCGGUGUAAAACAAAUUGCAAACGUAGCGGCUUUACCGGGUAUCGUAGGCCGGUCUGUGGGUCUACCCGAUGUACAUUCGGGAUAUGGCUUCGCUAUAGGUAAUAUGGCAGCAUUUGACAUGUCUGAUCCUAAGUCUAUUGUAUCUCCUGGAGGCGUGGGGUUUGAUAUUAACUGUGGUGUAAGAUUAUUGAGGACUAACUUACAUGUAAAAGAUGUACUACCCCUGAAGGAACAAUUGGCUCAGAGUCUCUUUGACCAUAUUCCUGUGGGAGUAGGCUCUAAAGGUAUAAUUCCAAUGAAUGCCCGUGAUUUGGAAGAAGCACUGGAGAUGGGCAUGGAUUGGUCUCUUAGAGAGGGUUAUGUGUGGGCCGAGGACAAAGAACAUUGUGAAGAAUAUGGCAGGAUGCUCACAGCUGACCCCUCAAAAGUUAGUCUUCGAGCCAAGAAGAGAGGCUUGCCCCAACUUGGAACCCUUGGGGCUGGUAACCAUUAUGCUGAGAUUCAAGUUGUAGAUGAGAUCUAUGACAAAUAUGCUGCUGGAAAAAUGGGUCUGGAAAGAGUUGGACAAGUGUGUGUGAUGAUUCAUUCGGGCAGCAGAGGCUUUGGGCAUCAGGUUGCAACUGAUGCAUUAGUGCAAAUGGAGAAAGCUAUGAAAAGAGACAAUAUUGAGACUAAUGAUCGUCAGCUAGCUUGUGCUAGAAUUAAUUCUGUUGAAGGACAGGAUUACUUGAAGGCAAUGGCAGCAGCAGCCAACUUUGCCUGGGUAAAUCGUAGCUCUAUGACUUUCCUCACGAGGCAGGCAUUUGCGAAACAAUUUAAAAUGACACCUGAUGAUCUGGACAUGCAUGUUAUUUAUGAUGUUUCACACAAUAUUGCAAAGACGGAGGAGCAUGUUGUGGAUGGAAAAGUUAAGACUUUACUGGUCCACAGAAAGGGUUCCACAAGGGCAUUUCCGCCCAACCACCCGCUAAUCCCAGUGGAUUAUCAGCUGACUGGGCAGCCUGUUCUUAUCGGAGGGACCAUGGGGACCUGCAGCUAUGUGCUCACCGGCACUCAUCAAGGCAUGACUGAAACGUUCGGCUCAACAUGUCAUGGAGCUGGCCGCGCUUUGUCACGUGCAAAGUCUAGGCGAAAUAUCGAUUACAAAGAAGUCCUUGAAAAAAUGGAAAACAUGGGUAUUUCUAUUAGAGUCGCCUCUCCAAAACUAGUCAUGGAAGAGGCCCCAGAAUCAUACAAAAAUGUUACCGAUGUUGUGAACACAUGCCAUGCUGCUGGUAUUAGCAAGAAAAGUGUCAAACUACGACCGAUCGCAGUUAUCAAGGGUUAAAUAAGUUUUCCAAUGCAUUUUCACAAUAUAAUAUAAUGAACUGUGUUAGGUAAUUAACAAUAUAAGAUCUUUUGUAAUUAACAUAUUUUAUAUCUA